AGGAGAAGUAUGUUGAACGGAUGCUUGAAAGGUUCAACAUGAAACAUGCUAAGCCAGUUAGCACUCCUCUUGCAAAUCACUUCAAGUUGAGUAAACGAUCUUGUCCAACUACCAAAGAAGAAAAGGAGAAAAUGUUAUCUAUUCCUUAUUCUUCUGCAGUCGGUUCACUGAUGUAUGCAAUGGUAUGUACAUGGCCAGACAUUGCUCAUGCUGUUGUUGUUGUGAGUAGAUUCUUGUCUGAUCCAGGCAAGAUUCAUUGGGAAGCUGUUAAGUGGAUCUUUAAAUAUCUGAAAGGUACGACCAAGUUUUGUUUGACUUUUGGGCAGACUGAACCAAUUCUGAAGGGAUACAUAGAUGCAGACAUGGCAGGUGACCUUGAUAAUAGAAAAUCUAUUUCAGGGUAUUUAUUCACUUUUGCAGGGGGAGCUGUAUCAUGGCAAUCAAAAUUGCAGAAGUGCGUUGCCUUGUCAACAACCGAAGCUGAAUACAUUGCAGCUACAGAAGCUGGUAAAGAGAUUCUUUGGAUGAAAAGAUUCCUUCAAGAAUUGGGAUUGAAGCAAAAAGAGCAUGUAGUAUUUUGUGAUAGCCAGAGUGCUAUAGAUUUGAGCAAGAAUACUAUGUACCAUGCUCGAACAAAACAUAUAGAUCUGAGAUAUCAUUGGUUGCGCUUGGUGACAGAGAACAAGCAGUUUCAACUCAGAAAGAUUCACACAAACAACAAUGUUGCUAAUAUGAUGACAAAAGUUCUUCCCAGGGAAAAGUUUGAAUAUUGCAAGAAGUUGGCUGGGAUGGACACCAAGUAAGGAGUCAAGAUUUAUAUCUCCUCGCAUGGGGCUGGAGGGGGAGAUUGUUGGCAGAAGCUUCUAGUUCCAGCCCAUUUUCCACAUCCUAUUGCAAGAGGCUGUAAGCUACAACAGCAAGCUACAGCAGCCAUUGUGGAAAUUUACAAUGGUUAUUUCAACCAUUGUACAUGAACCUCAUUUAAUGAGGUAGAAAAUUUGCACCGAGGUAGUUGGGUUUUUUACCCUAUAAAUACCCAUGCAAUGG